AUGGAUCAACUGAGGAAAUCUGAAGAAGCUCCGCGUCCUUUCAUCGGCGGCCAAGGAAGAAGAUACUUUCCGAAUGUGCCAUGUGAGGUGCCCUUUGGAAAAUUCCCGUCGAAAUUCAUCCCAAGGCUCUUUGCACGGAAAAAUCGACUUGCUCUGAAGGCGAAAAUUCAACGAGCAAAAAAAUUGAAGAGGUACGUGUCGGAGUCAUCGGGUACAGACGACGAUGACUUUUACUGUCCACCGUCGUCAAGUCCAGUGGGAAGUGCGAUGACAGUGACGUCAUCUACCAUGGGAUCGGAGCGUACAAGAACGUUGUCAUCAUCAUCAACGUCCGAUGAUGAGAACAAUAACUGUACGAAGUCUCUGGAUGGAAUAGCUGCACUAAAGAAGAUACCGGACUCUUUAAAUCUGUCAACCUCAAGUACAGAUGAGGAUGAAGAGUCAUCAUCAUCGAGUUCCUGUUGCCCGACUUGUUGCUCUUGCUCAUCAUCGUCUUCUUCUGACGAUGAGGAGACUAACAAGAGUUCAUAA